UUUUCUUUUAAAAUAUAGAGCCUCAACAGAAAAAUUUCAGCCAUAACUUCAUCAUCUGGCUAGAAACCUUGUGCUGACCAUUCAUGGCUAGAACUAGCUCUGCCAGUCUCAGUGUAGCUUCCUUCCUCUUUUUUUCAAGCUUACUGUGGAAUUUCAAUGCUGCAAGGGACACACUCAAACCAGGUGACACUCUAAAUUCCUCAAGCUCCUUAGUUUCUGCAAUGGGGAAAUUCACCAUGGGGUUCCAUAUUUAUGACCACAAUUUGAACUAUAGCUACCUUGUUGUUAAGUGGGCUGCAAGUCAUAAUUAUGCAUGGAUUGCCAAUAAAAACAAACCUAUUUUGCACCCUUUGGGAAUUCUUACCUUGGACCAAAAUAAUACAUUGAAAAUUACACACAAGGAUGGUGAGCCUGUUGUACUUUACUCUGCUUCAGAAACUAGCAAUGCCAAUAAUAUUGUGGCUACCCUUUUAGAUUCCGGCAAUUUUGCCCUACAAGAAUUGAGCUUUGAUGGAUCACCCAAAAGGGUUUUGUGGCAAAGCUUUGAUUUCCCUGUAGACGCCCUUCUGCCAGGUAUGAAAUUAGGUGUGAACCAUAAAACUGGUCAUGUUUGGUCACUUUCAUCAUGGUUUACUCCUGACAGUGCAGUUCCAGGGGCUUUCACUCUUGAUUGGGACCCGGAGGCACACGAAUUGAAGAUUAGACGACGUGGGGUGGUUUAUUGGAGCAGUGGAGCCUUUAGGAAUGGGAGAUUUAAAUUUAUUUUGCCUGAUGAAUCCAAGCUGAGGUAUAAUUUUAGUAUUGUGUCAAAUGAAGAUGAAGAUUACUUCACUUACAGUCCUGUAGAUCAAAGUGGUAUAUCAGAAUGGGUGCUAACCGUAAUGGGGAGACUAUAUGACUUUGAUGAGACAAUUGAUAUUGCACAAGCAGAUUAUUGUUAUGGCUCCAACACUGAUGGAGGGUGCCAGAUAUGGGACCAUCCAAUUGAUUGUAGGCAUUCUGGUGAUAGAUUUGAGGAAGAAAAGGGUUACUUCAAUCCAACCGGCUCUGGUCCGACAGCAACGAGUGAUACUUCAAAUACAAGCUUCAGCAUCAGUGAUUGUAAGGCUGCUUGCUGGAAAAAUUGUGACUGCCUUGGAUUCAACUCUCUGUUUAAUAAUCAGACUGGAUGUCGAUUUUGGACUGGCAACUGGAAGUUCAUCAAGGACAGCUCAGGUUAUAGUUCAAGCAGUAUUUAUUUUCUAACAACAAAGGCAUCACGCAACCACGAACAUAAGAGGAUAAUCUGGAUUGGUACUGCUGCUGCUGCUGCUCUGUUGACAAUGGUGCUUUGCAUCAUGUGCUGUUUAUUAAGAAGAAGAAUUUUUUUACUUCCAGGGGAGAACAGGAGAAAUAUUGAUGACAAGGAAUUGCUUGACGUGGUGGAAUCUUACACAUCUAAUGAUGUCAAUGUGCUUCAGAAUGACGGAGAUAUGGGGCAUAAUUUAAGAGUAUUUAGCUAUGCAUCUGUCAAGGCAACCACAGGAAACUUCUGUGAUGAAAACAAGCUUGGAGAAGGGGGCUUUGGACCAGUUUAUAAAGGGAAAAUGUCGACGGGACGAGAAAUAGCUGUGAAGAGGCUUUCAAGAUGUUCACUACAAGGAACAUUGGAGUUUAAGAAUGAGUUGAUACUUAUAUCUGAACUUCAACAUACAAAUCUUGUUCGGAUUUUGGGAUUUUGCAUUCAUGGUGUAGAGAGGAUGUUAAUAUACGAGUAUAUGCCAAACAAAAGUCUAGACUGCUUUUUAUUUGAUUCAACCAGAGGCAUGUUACUAGACUGGAAGAAGCGUUUUAAUAUAAUCGAAGGAAUUGCUCAAGGACUGCUUUACUUGCACAAAUAUUCAAGAUUGAGGGUGAUUCAUAGAGAUCUUAAAGCUAGUAACAUACUACUUGAUGAAGAUAUGAACCCCAAAAUUUCUGACUUUGGUAUGGCAAGGAUUUUCACGCAUAACGAGCCGGAAGCAAAUACUAAUAGGAUCGUUGGGACAUAUGGUUACAUGUCUCCAGAGUACGCAAUGGCAGGAAUUUUUUCGACAAAGUCCGAUGUCUAUAGCUUUGGGGUAUUGACGCUUGAAAUCAUAAGUGGUAGGAAAAAUAAUAGCUUCUACAAUGCCGAUCGCGUCUUGAAUAUAGUAGGAUAUGCAUGGGGGUUAUGGAAUGAAGGUGCAGGGCUAAGAUUAAUGGAUCCAACGCUACAUGAAUCAUGUAUUGAGGAUCAACUGAUAAGAUGCAUCCAUGUCGGUCUGCUAUGCGUAGAAGAAGAUGCAACAGAUCGGCCUACCAUGUCAGAAGUCAUAUCUAUGUUGACAAAUGAAAGCAUGUCAUUACCUAUACCAACAAGGCCAGCAUUUUUCACAAGAAGAAACGAGGUUGAUGCAGACAUGAGCGUAAAGGAAUCAGAAGUUUUAUCAAGAAAUGACUUUUCCCGUUCCGAUAUAGUAGGAGGAUGAAGGUAUUAACAUGUUUGGUGUGGCCCAAUUGUUGUUAUUAUACUUACUUUGCUAGCUGUAAAGAUUACUCUUUGAAAAGUGAAAAUUUAAUAUGGGGUUCCAUAUAUGACCAGAAUUUGAACUAUA